CUAUUGAUUCCCUAGUUACCACAAGCGUGGUGUGCAAGAAGGCCGAUCGAAGGAGCCCGGAAGCUCGGGUAUCCCGAUCCGCAGAUUUACCCGCUCUCCGAACCCUCGCCCUGUUCUACGUCAUCCACAGCUCCCUCAGCAGCUACUCUAGAGUGUCCAUGCGCCAACCCUCGUGCACACCGUACCACUACACGCGCGACUCGACAUAGGGACAAUUCAUCAUGUCCCUCGCCUCAACUGUCGGCAGCAGCGCUAUCGGCGCGCUGGUGCUAUCAUUCUUUUUCUACUACGUGGUUUUGGGCUUUCUCCUGCGACGCCUCGGUUCGCAUCUCCUCCGGCGCACUGCGGCAAAGCGCGAGGUUAUUCUUAGGAAGCUGGGAGCGGGGGGCGACGGGAAGAUUGUGGGGUUCUUUCAUCCGUAUUGUAAUGCCGGUGGUGGUGGGGAACGUGUUCUUUGGGCCGCCAUCCGCGCGGUGCAGGAGAAUUACCCAAAUGUUAUGAGUAUUGUUUACACGGGCGAUCAGGAUGCGUCCAAGGAGCAGAUUCUCUCACGCGUUAAGGAUCGCUUUUCGAUUACUCUCGACUCGGAACGAGUCAUCUUCCUCUACCUCUCUACCCGCCGCUAUGUCGCUGCCUCGACCUGGCCUCACUUCACGCUCCUCGGCCAGUCUCUCGGAUCCCUCGUGCUCGCAUGGGAUGCGUUCUCCCUACUCGUACCGGACAUCUACAUCGACACGAUGGGCUACGCCUUCACUGUGGCCUUAGCAAAGCUCCUCUUCAACAUCCCCACAGCAGCAUACGUGCAUUACCCCACCAUCUCAACCGACAUGUUGGAGUCUCUACCAUCAGGAACCACCGACAUUCGCACAAAGAUCAAGCGGCAGUACUGGCAGCUAUUCGCGACGCUCUACAAGGGGUGUGGAAAGUACGUCGACCGGGUUAUGGUCAACUCCUCGUGGACGGCAGGCCACGUCCGCGCGCUUUGGGGGAAUCCCAACCUGAGCGUUGUCUUCCCUCCGUGCGCGGUGACGGAGCUGCAGCGGAAGAUCCCCGCGCGCGACGAUAAGCCGCGGGAAAAGGUGUUGCUUUGCAUCGCGCAGUUCCGACCGGAGAAGAACCACAAGCUCCUGAUCGAUGCUUUUGCGAGGUUCUACAAGCAGACGAAGGCGCACAAGGAUGCGAGGCUGGUGCUCGUGGGCAGUGUGAGACACUCUGAGGACGCGACGAGGGUUUAUGAUCUGCGUCUGCAGGCGAGAGAGAUGAUGGUUAAGGAUCAGGUUGAGUUUGUGACAGACGCACCGUGGGCGGAUGUGCUAUUGUGGUUGGGCAGGGCGUGGGUCGGGGUCAAUGCUAUGUGGAACGAGCACUUUGGUAUCGGGGUUGUGGAGUAUCAGGCGGCCGGGUUGGUGGGGGUGGUCCACAACUCCGGGGGGCCGAAGAUGGAUAUCGUUAUCGAGGUGGAAGGGGGCAAGACCGGGUUCCAUGCUACCACUGUUGAAGAGUUUGCGGCUGCUUUCGAGGAGGCUCUGAGUAUGCCUGAGAGUGAGGUUAUGGAGGUAAGGCGCAGGGCGAGGAAGAGUGCGGAGAGGUUCUCAGAGGAAGGGUUUGAGAAGGGUUGGUUGAGGGAGUUUGAGGCCCUGGUCAGGGCAUAGGAGUGCGGAUAUAUCAUUUGUUUUUGCUUUGUCUUGCUUGAAAUGGAAAUCGAUGUCUUAUACUUGGUUAGGUUUGCAACCUACAUAGUCCUUCGGGAUCCAAAAAUUUAAGGUUUGUGUACUAGCG